CGCAGGAGACAGCGUUUGAAUAUCGGAAGAGGCUUGCUCUUUACCCAACAGACCCCUAUAAAUACAGCCAGGGUCUCCUGCCUCUUCACCAAGCAACUAACACCAACCCAGCGAUCUCAUUUUUGCUCCAUUUUUUUCCUAGCUUUACUCUCUCUCAGAAUCAGCCAUGGUUCUCUCAAAAACUGCUUCUGAGUCGGAUGUCUCCGUGCACUCCACCUUUGCCUCUCGCUACGUGAAAGCUUCGCUUCCGAGGUUCAAGUUGCCGGAGAACUCGAUCCCGAAGGAGGCGGCGUACCAGAUCAUAAACGACGAACUGAUGCUUGAUGGCAAUCCUAGGCUAAACCUGGCUUCGUUUGUGACUACUUGGAUGGAGCCUGAAUGUGAUAAGCUUAUGAUGGCUGCCAUAAACAAGAACUAUGUGGACAUGGAUGAAUACCCGGUUACCACUGAGCUUCAGAACCGAUGCGUGAACAUCAUAGCCCAUCUAUUCAAUGCUCCAUUGGAAGACUCAGAGGCUGCCGUGGGAGUGGGGACGGUGGGGUCCUCCGAGGCGAUAAUGCUAGCAGGGCUUGCUUUCAAGAGGAAGUGGCAGAACAAGAGAAAGGCUGAGGGGAAGCCUUAUGACAAGCCCAACAUCGUCACUGGUGCUAAUGUUCAGGUGUGCUGGGAGAAGUUCGCAAGGUACUUUGAGGUAGAACUGAAGGAAGUGAAAUUGAGGGACGGCUACUAUGUAAUGGACCCAGAGAAAGCUGUGGAAAUGGUGGAUGAAAACACCAUCUGUGUUGCGGCAAUCUUGGGCUCAACUCUCAAUGGAGAAUUUGAAGAUGUUAAGCUCUUGAACGAUCUCUUGGUCGAAAAGAACAAGCAAACAGGAUGGGAUACCCCAAUUCAUGUUGAUGCAGCUAGUGGUGGAUUCAUUGCACCAUUCCUUUAUCCGGAACUGGAGUGGGACUUCCGCCUUCCAUUGGUGAAGAGCAUUAAUGUUAGUGGCCACAAGUAUGGCCUCGUAUAUGCUGGAAUUGGGUGGGUUGUUUGGAGGAGCAAAGAGGACUUGCCCGAAGAACUUAUCUUUCACAUAAACUACCUUGGAGCCGAUCAACCAACCUUCACUCUCAAUUUCUCCAAAGGUUCUAGUCAAGUCAUCGCCCAGUAUUAUCAACUAAUUCGCUUGGGUUUCGAGGGAUACCGAAAUGUGAUGGAGAAUUGCCAGGAAAAUGCUAUGGCGCUGAAAGAAGGACUGGAGAAGACUGGGCGCUUUAACAUCAUCUCCAAGGACAAUGGGGUCCCUCUGGUGGCCUUCUCUCUCAAGGACAAUUCAUGCCAUGAUGAGUUUGAGGUUGCAGACAUGCUUCGCCGCUUCGGCUGGAUUGUGCCUGCCUACACCAUGCCACCAGAUGCUCAGCAUGUUACAGUGCUCCGAGUUGUGGUUAGGGAAGACUUUUCACGCACCCUUGCUGAGCGCCUUGUAUUUGACAUCACCAAGGUGCUCCAUGAACUUGAUAUGCUCCCAGCAAAGCUCAGUGCCAAGAUUUCUGUCGAAGAGAAAAAGCAAAAUGGCACAAUUCUGAAGAAAUCCGUGAUCGAGACACAGAGGGAAAUCACCGAUGCUUGGAAGAAAUUUGUCAUGGCCAAGAAAACGAACGGCGUUUGUUAGAAUUUUUCUAUGCCAGAGAGUCCCUUUCCCUUUUCCAAGUGUUUUUUUUUUUUUUUUUUUGGCCAUGCAUAUUUGAAGUGGUUAACAUUUCCCUUAUUUGAAGCUUAAACACAGGCAAAGAUUUUCCUUUUUAUUCGAGGAUUUUGUCUUUCUUAAUGAGAAUAGAAUGUUGUUGCUUUA